UAUGACAAUGUACCUCAUUUGGGUUUCUCUUUUAUUUCAGGAGUCGAUGCAACAGUCUUUACUUUGCAAAAUAGAUGUAGGAACACAGUAUGGCCUGGGAUCCUAUCAGCAGCAGGAAAACCACAACUCAUUGAAGGUGGAGUUCAGCUAGAACCUGGCCUGGCCAUGAAAAUCACUGCACCAAAAGGGUGGUCUGGCCGCUUCUGGGGGCGGCAUGGAUGCACCUUUGAUAGCUCCGGUAGCGGAACAUGCAUCACUGGAGACUGUGGAGGAAAACUUAGAUGUGCUGGAGAUGGAGGUGUACCACCAGCUUCACUAGCAGAGUUUACACUAGACAGCCCUGAGGGGGAUUUUUAUGAUGUUAGCCUUGUUGAUGGUUACAACAUGCCAGUGUCAAUCUUCCCUUCUGGAGGAUCUGGGGAGUGUAAGGAAGUUAUAUGCCGUUUAGAUUUGAAGAGAAACUGCCCAAGUGGAUUGGAGUUGAGAUAUAAAAAUGACAUUGUUGGUUGUAAGAGUGCAUGUAUGGCAUUCAACAAGCCAGAAUAUUGUUGUACUGGAGAGUUCAAUAGCCCCAACAAAUGCAAGCCAACGAGUUAUUCAAAGGUGUUCAAGGCUUCUUGUCCUCAGGCUUAUAGCUAUGCCUAUGAUGAUGCAACCAGCACUUUCACUUGCCAAGGAGCAGAUUACUUAAUUAGGUUUUGUUAG